AUGGACAUCGUACAGGCCGUCUCGGGCUACAUCACCAAGAUGGUGUCGGUCGGCGACAAGACGGCGACAAGCACCUCCGCGGCCAAGAUGAAGAUCCUUCUCCUCGACAACGAGACUGUGUCGAUUGUAUCCACUGCGACAACGCAGUCUGCCCUGCUCAGCCAUGAAGUCUACCUCACCGACCGACUGGACAACCAGAAGCGCGAGAAGAUGCGCCACCUCCGCUGCCUCUGCUUCGUUCGCCCUUCUCCCGAAUCGAUACAGAACUUGAUCGAAGAGCUGAGAGAGCCAAAGUACGGCGAAUACCACAUCUACUUCAGCAACAUUAUCAAGAAAUCUUCGUUGGAGAGACUGGCCGAGGCAGACGACCAUGAGGUCGUACGUGCAGUCCAGGAGUACUUCGCCGAUUUCCUUGUCAUCAACCCCGACCUCAUGUCCCUGAACCUCGGCUUCCCAGACCACAGGAUAUGGAGCACAAGCCCGGAUUCAUGGAAUCAGGAUGCGCUACAAAGAUCGACGGAAGCUGUCAUGGCUUUGUUGCUUGCGCUGAAGAAGAAGCCUUUGAUACGUUACCAGAAGAACAGCCUGCUCGUAAAGAAGCUGGCCACAGAAGUGAGAUAUCACAUGACUCAGGAGGAUCAAUUAUUCGACUUCCGGAAAACAGACACGCCUCCUAUACUGCUGAUAGUGGAUCGAAGGGACGACCCAGUGACACCCUUGCUAACGCAAUGGACAUAUCAGGCCAUGGUGCAUGAGCUACUUGGGAUCAAGAACGGCCGAGUCGACCUCCGGGACGUACCAGAAAUCCGCCCCGAGCUCAAAGAGAUUGUGCUGUCACCAGACCAAGACCCCUUCUUCAAGAAGAACAUGUACCUGAACUUUGGUGAUCUCGGUCAGAAUGCCAAGGAGUACGUGGAGCAAUUCGCAUCCAAGCAGCAAGGGUCGCAAAAGCUCGAAUCGAUAGCUGAUAUGAAGCGAUUUAUCGAGGACUUUCCAGAGUUUCGUAAGCUGUCUGGCAAUGUCACAAAGCACGUUACACUGGUUGGUGAGCUAAGUCGGAGAGUAGGAGAAGAGAGCCUCCUGGACAUAAGUGAGCUGGAACAAAGUCUGGCAUGCACGGACAAUCACUCGAACGACGUCAAGUCAUUACAGAGAAUAAUACAAGACCCCAAGGUGCCCGCUGAUAACAAGUUGCGACUUGUCGCCAUCUAUGCGCUGCGAUACUCGAAAACAUCUUCCAACUCAACUGCCAUGCUACUGGAUCUCCUUGCUGUUGCUGGCGGUCUUUCAAGAAAUCGCAUUAACCUCAUCACAAAACUCUUGACCUACCAUGAUUCAUUGCAAACGACGACUGCCACGGGCGGAGUACCAGACCUGUUCCAACCCGGCUCAUUCUUUGGUGGCGCUCGAGACCGACUAAAAGGCCUCAAGGGCGUCGAGAACGUGUAUACACAACACUCGCCCCGAUUAGAAACCACGUUGCAAGACAUGAUCAAGGGCAGACUGAGUCAACAAGUCUAUCCAUUUGUAGAAGGAGGGGGAUCGACAAAGGACAAGCCACAGGAUAUCAUCGUUUUCAUGGUUGGUGGGGCCACCUAUGAGGAGGCCAAGAUGGUUGCGCAGGUUAACGCGAGUUCGCCCGGGGUACGCGUUGUACUCGGCGGCACCACGGUGCAUAACAGCACUUCGUUCCUGCAGGAGGUUGAGGAUGCUGUAGAAUCAUGGCCAGAGCCUCCCCCAACUUCAGCCGCAGCCCGGUUAAGACGGGAAGUGGGCAGUGUUGGAGAAGUUCACAACACAACAAUCUCUUGCCUGCACGAAUUUGAUUCUGGUGGUACCUGCAUCGUCUCUCCGAAUCCCAAGGACGGCAAACUUUCAGUAUUGAUCGGGGUAAGCGAGUCGGCCGCAGUGUAG